GGUGAUUGCCCGGAAGAAACGUGUCCUUUGUUCAAAAGGUUCCCCCAUCUGCUUAUUGAGAUGUUAAAAAGGCGCCUCGAGAGAUAAGUGGAUGUACCGGAGGAACGGAGAGUUUUAAGGUUUUAAAAAGGAUGAGAUAGUGACUUUUCAUCCUCAGGAGUCAUCUAGAAAAUUACUGUUGGUUACAGAUAUGUCAAGUCAAAGGAAGUGUCCAGAUUGUGGCUCUUCAGAAAUAGUAGAGGAUUCUCACUAUGCUCAGAACCAGCUGGUGUGCGCAGACUGCGGCUUCAUCCUGACUGAAGGACUCCUCACAACCACAUACACUGAUGAAAAGCAUUUGCAAGAGGUGACUUAUUCACGAAGUACUGGUCAAAAUGAACAGCUGAGCCGAUCUGUGCAAAGAGGGAUUGGGCGUGUCCGGGAUCUCUGCAAAGUUCUUCAGCUUCCCUCUCUGUUUGAAGAUACAGCUGUGACCUAUUACCAACAGGCAAUCAGACACCCCUGCUUCCAUCUUGUCAGCUUGAAUAAGAAAGAGAUACUGGUGGGUUGUAGUGUCUUUGUGACCUGCCGGCAGCACAACUGGCCCCUGACCAUGGGCUCUAUCUGUUUGCUGCUCUAUGCAGAAAAGGAGCUGUUUGCCAAGACCUACUUGAGCUUCUUGAAGGAACUAGCCCUGGAUGUACCAGCUCUUAGCUUGGUAGACCUGGUGAAAACUCACCUUGACAGCUUUAAACUAUUCCCAGACUCACCCAGUGUCCCAAGCAAGUUUGUGGAGGACAAGGAGAAACUGGUGACUCAGACCACUCAGGUGGUGGAGCUUGCCAGUGAGACGUGGCUGGUGACUGGCCGGCAUCCCAUCCCCAUAGUCACAGCAGCAGCCUACCUGGCUUGGCAGUCUCUGUGCCCUGCCGGUCGCCUCACUUGCACCCUCUCCCAGUUCUGCAAGCUUGCUGGAACGGACCUGCCGCCACCAGCUCGCCAGCGGCUGAAGGAGCUUCAUAACAUCCUCCUUAAGAUGGCAUCUGAGCUCAGCUGGCUGCGAGUGCUCAAGGUGAACAAGAAGAGCAUCGCAAAAUACAUUGCAGACCUGCUGCAGCACCGCCGCCUGCUCCUGCGAACUGCCUUCCGCACAGGGGACUCUGCUGCAGAUGACCCUUCGGGAGACUCAACAACAGCAGUACUGCAGACUGUAGAUGCAGAGACAGAAGGGACUUUUCUUACGGGACAGAAGCGCAAGUGCGGCAGCCAACAGCCCCCCUUGCUCCCCCCCUGUCUCCUUAACCCCAGGAAGAAGCUGCGAACCACCAUUUCCGAUUCAGAGCUCUCAGUCACUGGAGACGAGCCCAUUUUGGAUAGUGAAAUAGAACAAUACCUUCGGACCCCAGAAGAAAAGGAGAGGUUCAGCAAAGCCCAAGCCUGCCUGUGAGGCUGAAGCUGAAGGGAUUCUCAGGGAGGUGUGCAGACAUGCUGGACCUGGUUCUUCUGGUCUGCUGCUUAGGGUUCCAGAGCUGUUUUCAUCUCAGCUGAAGGGCUUGCUUGAUUGUGGGGGGAAGAGGCAUUUGAAGACCUCUCACCCAGAAAGGAUCACAAGAAUAAAACCAGCUCCCUUAUACUAGAAGGCUGCUUAAUUGUGUUUGUGUCAGUUGAGAUGUAGCUUAUUUUUAAAAAAUUGCUGCUGAAUCUGGAUCUCGUGUGCCUCACUUUUUCAAGCCUUGAAGGGAAGAAAGUAUAUAAUGUGUGGGAGAAAAUGUUUUGAGUUUGUUCAUUGAUUCAUUGCAUUGCUCAACCCUCCUAUCUCUGGGGAAUGGAGGAAAAAAAGAGGAUCAAGGCUUUUACAGCAGCAUCGCCAUGACAGACUUGAUUCUGUGUUCAGCAUCUGGAAUCCUGAAGGCUGCAUACAUCUGUUCACUGCUGUUGUUGUUUUUUUUAAACCCUGGUGGGGCUCUCUUAUAGCCAGACUUAAUAAAACCUGACUCUGACUUAACAGAUA